AUGGUGGAUGUUAAUAAGCAAUUACAAUGGAUUCAUUGUGCUCUUCUGCAUGUUGUUUCUCUUAGGGAGUUUAUGCCAUCCCAGGCAAAAGCAGUUAUUAAAACUACUGAUGAUUGUUUGCAGCCUCAGUUUGGCCCCAACAGACUUUUGCAUUCAGUGGUAGUAUCAGAAGGGUCAGUUCAAGAUUGUUCUACACAUCAAACAGCAUCAGAUCACAGCCAGGAGGAAAUAUCAAACCCAGAGAGUUACAAAAACAACAGUAAAAACAAUUCUCAUUUUAUGUCAGCAUCCAAGAGAAACCGACCUGUCAGGGCUCCAGUGGGUCAACUGAGCAUUUCAGAGUUCUCCUCUCUAAAAUUUAGGUCAACCCAGAAUUGCCCAGGAUUAUCUCAAAGAUAUAAGCUUCAACCAAGAGUGAUUAAAGUGACAACUUACAAAAAUGGAUCUAGAACAAUCUUUGCCAAAAUUAUUGCACCGACGAUCACCUUGUUGCUGGAGGAAUGCACGGACAAGCUGAAUUUGACCACGGCUGCCCGACGAGUGUUCUUGGCAACCGGCAAGGAAGCUCUCAAACCUGAAGACAUACCCCCAGAAGCCGAUGUUUAUGUUUCAACCGGAGAGCACUUUUUAGAUCCAUUCAAAAAAAUUGAAGACCAUCUGUUGUUAAUGAAGGAAGUGACUUGGACAUUGAAUGGGUUGAUGCUCCCUGCUGAUGUCUAAAGACAGAAAACAAAGCCUGUGCUUUCCAGGAGGAUGAAGAAACUUACUCAGAAGAUCUCAGUCCAAAUUCUGUUCUUCAAGAAUGGCAUGGGGCAGAAUGGGCAUGAAAUCACAGUGGGAAAGGAGACAAUGAGGAAGAUUUUAGAUGCCUGUACAAUGAGAAUGAAUCUAGAUUCACCAGCCAGAUAUCUUUAUGAUUUCUAUGGUAGAAAAGUUGAAGAUAUCUCAAAAGUUCCUCUGCUUGAAAAAUGCCUACAAAAUUCCAUCACACCUUUGCGUGGACCACUUUGGGUCUCUAAAGGAGAAGGUUUCAGCCCCUCAGGCGCUAAGACGUUCAUCCAAGGAGUUCUUGUGGCCUUGUACCAACGAUUAAACUCUACAAAAAAUUAUUAUAAACAGUUGAACCUGGUCGGGGAACAGAGAGAGAAAAUCACAGAAAAGGCCAUUCUUUCGAUAACGGCAAAGGAACACUAUAAGGCACGGGAAGAUGUGAGCAUGCUGAUUGAUGAGUUGCAGACAGCUAUCAAAAGCAACAGAGGUCAUCUCUCGAAGCUUGGCCCCCAAUUACAGGCUGAGCAGGAGCAAUUCUCCUCUUAUGUCUGCCAACACAUUAAAAGCCUUCCAGCAAACACUGUGGUCCCAGGAGGCCUGCAGCUCAAGGUAUUUGAAAAUGGUAAAGAUACUGGAGAGAUCUCAAUUUAUAUCAGUAGAAAAGAUUUAGAGUCUAAUAGCCCAACUCAAAGUGACGAUACAAUGCAAAGACUGCUUCUCAAGCUCCAUCAAAGUCUUCAAGGGGCUUCCAGCUCACAAGGCCUCAAUUUUUCUUCAGUCCGGCUUUUUGAUGAGCAUGGUCAAGAAAUUAAGAAUCCACUGCUGCUGAGGAAUGAGCAAAAAAUAUGGCUUUCUUAUGGGAAAGCAUACAGGUAGGAGCAAGGUAUCUCACUAAACUCUGUUUUGACUCUGACCUUUGACCAAGUGGCUGCAUUUGCCAGAGAUGGCGUCACUGUUGUCUAUAAGACCUUCCUGGAUGCUAAUGCUGCUCCAAGACUCGGAUAUGAUGAUUAUGCAGUUUGUGAGGGAUUUCCAGCGAACUUUAACUUCACCAGCCAACAGAUACCUGGUCAAUUUGAAAAGGUGGACCUGGAGAACUAUUUCCUGCAGAGCAAGGUGGAUCCCAAUAUUGUUCUGUAUGCCACUGUUUCCACUGGAAAGCAGAGUUCCUCCAGUACUGAAGGAAACAGCAGAAAUCAGAGAGCACCCUGGCCCUUAGCCAGUGUGUGGCUGGUCACCAAGACUGGGAUGAUCCUAAGCAGAGCAGUAACUCAGGGCUGCCUGGCUAUUGGUUAUCCAAUCAGAGUGAAGACCACCCAGGAAACAUCACUAGAAGGAUAUAAAUUAAUCCUACAGAAAAGACAUAAAGGAGAUGAAUCCCAGAAGUGGGUUUUUGGAAUUGAUGGCAGUAUUCAUUCUAAGGUUUCACAGAAGCAUGCUGCCAGUCUUUCUCUGAAGCACCUGCCGGAGCCCUCCAACACCCAUGUAGUGCCAGAAGGGUCUCUUGAGGAGUCGGAGCAGCUGACAGUGGCUCUGGUAAAGAAACUGGAAGAGAAACAUCCUAAGGCAUCUGCUCAGAGGUGGGCCAUAAAGCAUGAAGGGAUCAGUAAGCCAGGCCAAUGGAAACAUUCCAGAGUUGAAAAUCCUCCAUGGAACAAGCUCACUUAAAUGUGGCCAGUCCUUCCCAAUGGCCAGCUUAAUGAGGUUAGAGGACUUAGUAUAAGUCUUCAAGGACUGCUUGUGCCAAACAGCCCCCUGAUGAAGAAACCUAUCUGCAAGACACCAGAGCAGUAUGUCUCUGCGAAACUGAAACUCAGAGUUCUGAGGAAUGGAGACAAGUGUAAGAGCAGACCCCUUGUGAUCGGUCCAGACAUGGCACCAGGACGCAAACGGCAGUAUACUGAAAUUUUAAAUUUACCUUCUGCUGCUCAGAGGCUGUUCAAUGAAAAGGGAAAGGAAAUCUUUGCCCUGAAGGACCUUCAAAGUGAUGAACUGGGUUAUGUGUCAUGUGGAGAGCACUGGAUCAAUCCUGACCUCUCUGCUGCUCAGCAAAGGAAGCAGGUCUUCCUCCGAAGCCUUGCAUCUGACAUUUCCAAGAUUCAAACCUUCUGCAGCAUGUGCAAGGUAGAAGCUCUUGUGUUAGAAGUCCAAAGCGAUGCUGUGCCUGGGGGCGCACUUGCUUUGCGUAAACCUGUGGUAAUUUUUGAAGAAGAGAAGCAAGUUAAAGGGCCAGCAGGAAAGCAAAUGCAAAAUGCUGCUUUAGCAACACAAGAUCCUUCCAGAAAGAUUCUAGAUUCACAUGCCAGAGCCCAUGCCCAAGUCAAAGCCUGUCACACAAUGCUCAGGUACACCUGGCAGGACACUUCACAUGACUUUGAUGAUGAUGACAGUCUUCCAAAGAAGAUGGAGAAACAGCUUUUUGAAAAUGUGUAUCCCCAAAAGAAAUGCAGACAGUCUCCAAAGCAUGGCAGACUGCAGAAGAUGUGCCAGCAGAAGUUCGAGUACACAGAUGGGCAAAUUAUAAGUCUUGUUGCUCCUCAGCUGGUCUUGGGUGUAAGAGGCCCCAACCCUCGAUUAGGCACAGAGGUGGUUUUGAUGGCAAAGAAGUCUGAUGAUGGUCAUCAAUGCUGGACACACAGAGAAGACAGCAGGACCUUUCACCUGGAGAGGAACCCGGACCUUGUGCUCACAGUGUCUAUGACCAAGGCUCAAAAUGAAACCGCUGGCUAUCCAGUUAUAGUUCAGCAAUAUAAACCAUACAGCAAUGGGACUGCUAAUCAAAAGUGGCAUUAUGUGGAAAACAAGAGAGCAUUUAUCGCCUUUCAUAGCACUGCCCUGGAUAAGGAGAUCACAGCAGCACAUUUUGUUGGUGUUUGUACGUCAUCUGUCAUUAAGGAAAACAUUGAUCAACCUGGAUAUUAUUAUCUCUCACCUGAUAGAAACAGAAAAAUAAUGCUGUGCCUAGCUUGUGGACGAUCCAUGAGGGCAAAGAAGAGGCUGAAACAGCUGCUUUCAAGGGUUCCAUUCCUCUGUGUUUCAGGCCUCAAGAUCCAGAAGCCCUUAUCACAGGGGCCUUUCAAGGUCAUUGAUGUGGCCAAGGUUGAUUUAUCAUCUUACAAGGCUGAAAAAACUCUAGGUUAUUAUGAAGAAUAUCUGUCAUCCUCACGGCUGAAGACUUGCACGCAGGCUCUCCUAUCUUCCAGUGGUUUGGCAGCUUCACACCAGAAGGCAGUGAAAACAAUUGCAUACAAAAAUGGUGAUGUAUAUCAGAAUGGGAAAUUAAUUGUGGUUGGGACAUUCCCCAUGCUUCUUGCAGAAUGCACAGAAAGACUUGGACUGCCCAGAGCAGCCUCCAAAGUCUACACCAGAGAUGGAACUACCAUCCUCACCUUGCAUGACUUAGUUCUAUGGGCUCUACACGAAACCCUUAUCCAGAGAGACCCCAAGGAACAAGAGAAAAACACAGCUCCUGCUGGAAAGAGGAGACAGGUUGUUCAGAAAAACUCAAGAAUGAACAUGGAAAGCAAACUGUUUCCAAAAUCUUUGAACUCAGACUGUUUGGAUGAUAUCGAUAAAUCUUUGCUUGCUCAGAUCCUUGGAAAUCCCAUUGCUCUCUGGGUAUCUUGUGGUGAACCAUUUCUACCACCAAAUGCUUUACAGAAAGCCAAAAAAUUAGAGAAACAAAACUGGCUACAAAAGGAAAAAAAUUUGGCUGAUUUAGACACUAUGAAACACAAAAUGAGACAGUUGAAAGGGCGGCGAGUAGCAUCGGCCACUAUGGAUCCCACCAAAAACCCUAUGCAGCCCGUUGUGGUUGAAGGGGGCUAGGCUGAGCAGACUCAGGAGGAAAUAAAGCUCGUAGAACUUAUAAGACAGACAGAGGGACAACUUUCUGAAGUCCAAGAACUGUAGUCCAGAUGAGAUUCUCCAAUAGCAGCUAAAUUCAAAGUGGUCCAGCAGCACAGCCUGUACCAACUGCCUUGUACAAAACAAGUGUGGGCUUACCGGAACGGAGGCAGGCCUGAAGAUGGUGUUUAUGCCUGGGCAGGAAGUAUUUUAGAGUUGCUGGAUGUGUGCUCCACUCGUCUGAAAAUGACUCACCCAGCUAAAUCCCUGUAUACCUCAAAUGGAGAGCUCAUAGAUGUGGUUAUCUGUGUGUCUGGAGGACAUGGCUUUAUAACCCAAAAAGAGCAAAAACAACUGAUAGAAGUCAGAGCAAAUUAUGCCAGAAUCCGAAGACAACAGGGCCCUCAAGCAACGGACAUUGUGGUGUCGCCAUGCAUGAAGCUGUCCUCUGGUAUACCUGCAUAA